ACAGGACGCUCCUUGUUGCCCGGGUAGGAAUUCCAAGACUGGUAACUUCGUGAAUGAGUUUGUUGUGGCCACGUGCGCUGAAGAACUCUAUUUUACUUCCGUCAAUUCAUGUGAUCUGAGAGACGAUGGAAAUCCAUCAAACACGAAUUGCCCGACCUACAGAGUUCCCCCAGCACUGAACACAGACAGAACACUGUGGAGGAGCUCAGCAAGUCAGGCAGCAUCCAUGGAGGGGAAUAAGCAAUCGAGGUUUCGGGUCGAGGACUGGAAGGCAAAGGGACAGUAGCCAGAAUAAGAAGCUGAGUGCCAGUGGAGGAGCCAACUUGCUGCAGCCUUACCACGUGACCUGCGUGGUUUGACUGCGCCUGCGCACCCAGGAGGCGGAGGGACUUUUGAAGAUGGCGGCCGACUUCAGCGUGGUGGGUUUGGUGGAAGAGUUUGUGAUCGGGCAACACGAUGGGCCGGCGAAGGACUUGGCAACAGGUGUCAUUGAUGGAAAAUGUACUAUACUGGAAAUUGUAGAAGCAUUAGGAACAAGUUUAACAAAUUCUGAGCCACGAACAAGAGGCCGAGGGGUGCACCUGCUGUCUCAGGUUCUGCUGCAGUCGUAUUCUUCCCUCAACCAAAAAGAAGUGGAGGUACUUGUUUUCUUUUAUAUUGAUCGAUUGAAGGAUCAUCACCUUAUUACACCUUAUGUAUUGCAAGGAUUGAAGGCCCUGAGCUUGAGUUCUGUUUUGCCCGAAGGGUUGGCCGUGGCAGUUUUGAAAGCACUGUUUCAGGAACUGCAUGUUCAGUCUCUACUGCAGUCUGAAAGGCAUUCAGUAUACAGCAUAAUCACCAAUUUCAUGGCCACCAGAGAGCAAGAGCUGAAAGGAUUAGGAGCUGACUUUACGUAUGGCUUUAUUCAAGCAAUGGAUGGAGAGAAGGACCCGAGGAAUUUGCUAUUGGCCUUCCAGAUCUCCAGAGACAUUAUUGUUAAAGAUUAUGACCUUGGAAUCUUUGUGGAGGAGCUCUUUGAAGUCACUUCAUGCUAUUUUCCAGUUGAUUUUACACCUCCUCCAAAUGACCCACAUGGAAUAUCUCAUGAUGAUCUAGUGCUGAGCCUGCGGUCUGUUCUUACUGCCACGCCGCGGUUUGCAGAGUUCCUAUUGCCACUUCUAGUGGAGAAGCUUGAUUCAGAUGUUCAGAGCUCAAAGGUGGACUCCCUUCAGACCCUGACAGCAUGCUGCAAGGAUUAUAGGAACAAGGAUCUAAAAGAAUUCCUGCCAGCUCUUUGGCAUUCCAUACGGAGAGAGGUCUUUCAGACAGCAGUUGAGAAAGUCGAGACCGAAGGCCUUGCUGCUCUUCAAGCAAUUGCGACUGCUCUUUCCAAGUCGGUUAUUGAUUCGGAUGCAGAAGAUAGCCUGGAUACUUUCCUUGACAACGUUUUACAAGACUGUGAGCACCACCUGUGUGAACCAGAUAUGAAACUUGUGUGGCCGAGUGCCAAACUACUUCAGUCAGCUGCGAGUGCUUCCUACAGAGCAUGGUACAAGAUUACCAGCUGCAUUUUUCCUCUGUUACUGGAACAAUUCAACAAGCAUAAACAGUUUUUGUCUCCUUUGCAGAGUAGCCAACGUUGGACUCUCUUAGGAAUCCUAAAGGUUUUCAUUCAACUUACUGACAACUGGAGCAGGGAUGAGGAAGAUGAGAAUCCCCUUUGUGCGUUUAAGGAUCAACUGUGUGGCCUGGUAUUCUCUGCACUGACUGACUCCAGUGCCCAGUUACAGACAGUGGGGACCAGCACUUUGGCAGUUCUGGGAUUGCAGAAAGGACUGUUGUCUCCCUCUGACAUAGAAUUAAGCGUAGAUCACUUGAACAGACUGAUCCUUCAGGAAGACAACCCACAAGUUUGUGCUGCAGCGUUGGAAGCCUCGACUGCCAUGUCUGCAAUUCACCCUUCUGCCUUUAUCUGCAAAAUGGUCCCAGCACUGACAAGAGAGUUAAACACUGGGCCAGUAGAAGUGAAGGAUGGCAUGGUACUUCCUGCAGAGUCUGAGAACAUACUGCAUCAGCGCCCUAUCCAGGCUCUGGCUGCUAUCUCCACUCAUCUCAGUAUAAUGCAGAAAACUAUCCCAGUCCUGCUGAGCUAUCUGACCGAUUUACAGAAAGAGAAUGCAAACUCCAAGAGCGAGGUAGCCAUCAUGAUCUGUCAGAGUCUGCAGCAAGUGGCGGAACGGUGCAAGGAUAUCAGUGAAAGCAGUCAGUAUUUUCACCAAACAGUUAUUCCAUGUCUGCUAGGACUGGCAGUCCGAGCAUCGAUCCAAGCUUCUGCUGUAGGGUUUGACUCUGAAAUUCCACUUGGGAUCCUGUGUGAAGAAAAGGUAAUCACUGCAGUGGGGACAGUGAUCAGCACUGCCUACAGUCACAGACACACAGAACUAGUUUCCAGGACAGUCUCACAGGUUGUUGCCUUGUUCCUUGAUGGGAAUGAUUCCUUCCUGCCUGAAGAUAACCGUCCUGGAAAGUUCCAUCCUUUUCACAGUCCCAACCCUCCAUGGCCGCAGACCCAGUUAAUAGCACUUCUGCAGGCAGCUGUUUGCUCUUUGCCAAAGAAUGUGGUGGUGCCUGAACAAGAGAGGUUGUUAGCACAUCUGAUGGAGCUAUGUUGUUCCAGCAACCACCGAUUCACUUAUACUUCUGCUGCCAAGUGUGUUGCGGGUCUUAUCAACAAGUACCCAGCAGGUGAACAGUUGGAUUCUGUUCUGAAAGAUGUGCUGAAGAAGAUGGACUGUGAACUACAGAAGAAUGGAGGUGAUUGUUCACAGUCUGCUGGCAGGACAAGAAUUUUCACCUUGUUGCAAUGGUUAACAAAAGCCCUUGUCUUGCGAUAUCAUCCUCUGGCUGCCACACUGACUGACAAGCUGAUGGCGCUACUUACCGACCCUGUGCUAGGAACAGAGGCUGCAGACGGAUUCUCCCUGUUGGUGAGCGAUUCCUCUGAUGUCCUGAAUAAGGCCACACACGCCGAUGUGCGCCUCAUGUACCGACAGAGGUUCUUCACCGAGAACGUCCCCAAGUUGGUCCAGGGUUUCCAUGUUGCUGGUAAAGAUAACAAGUCGAACUACCUUAAAGCACUCUCUCAUGUGCUGAACAGCCUACCCAAGCAAGUACUACUAACAGAGCUCCCAUCGCUGUUGACGUUGUUGCUGGAGGCCUUGUCUUGCCCAGACCAGGUGGUCCAAUUGUCCACUUUAGGUUGCCUACAUCCUCUGUUACUGGAGGCUCCACACAUCAUGAGUUUACACAUCGAGACCUUGGUGAACAAGCUGCUCGGUCUGACUACGAGUCCUGCCAUGAAAGUUCGUAUUGCCUCCUUGCAAUGUAUGCACGCACUGACGAAACUGCCCACACACGUGAUCCUUCCAUUUAAAGCCCGGGUGAUUCAAGCCCUAGCCAAACCCUUAGAUGACAAGAAACGGCUGGUGAGGAAGGAGGCGGUUGCAGCUCGGGGAGAAUGGUUUCUUUUAGGGAGCCCGGGUAGUUGAUAUUCACCCAGAGCAGCCGACCCGAGAAGCAGACAAUCAGCCGAAGCCCAGUCUUUUCCGUACUCAGUGACCUGUCCGACAUGACGUCCCAAACCACAGAAACUGCAGGAAAAUUCAAAACCUCUCUGACAGCGACUUGCGACUGAGGUGGAGACUGAAGCGAUGGAGAGAUUGCACUUUGAUGCUUAACCAUUUUGUUUUUGUAUUUUUUCUUUAAUUUUUAACCAAAUGUAUAAAGAAGCACAUUUCACAGAGCACCCAUGGGGGCCUCGGAGCCCAGUGUGAUAAGCAACAAAGCCAACUCAACAACUCUGAUUGAAUCACUUUCAUUGUUCCAGCAAUGGAGUAAGGACUGUGUGGGGAAGAAAUUAACAAAUGGAGGGCUGGGGUGUUGAGCACAUGUUGAAGAAUCAUCUGUUCACAGCUGAUGGAUAGUUCCACUCCUGAGCUGCACCGGGAAGGACUGGGCCCAGCAGUGUAACCCAGAUCAACAAGUUCAAAUAAUUUAUAUUUGGAAUCCCGGAUAUGUGGGAGUGAGUUUUGAACUGGAAUCUAAGCUAAGGUUUGCAUUUUUACAUCAUGGAUACCUACAAGUUUCUUAUAUGAGAUUGGAAUUUAAAUGCAAAUUACAGCUUUGAAAUUUCCAUUAUGACCAAAAGUUUGUUUUAACUGCGCCUUUCGGUAACCUCCACUGAUGAUGAUCGUGAAGAGCUAGAUGGGUGUGCAGUUACGCGUGACAGUGUUACUCAUCUAAUAUGCAAGGUGUGGUUGGAGCUGUUUGGUGCUGGAUGCUCAUGGUUGAGGUCUGAGCGAGCAGAGUUGGUGCUGGAGAGGAAGUUUGAUGGUUGUCAAUUGUCUAAGCUAGAAAUUAUCAGGGUGAAGUACAUAUUUUAAGCUACUAAAAGUGACAAAGCUAUAGCCUGCCAGGACAGGAACAUAGAACACAGAACAUUAUAAUGCAGUUUGGGCCCUUUGGCCCAUGAUGUUGUGCCUACUCCAAGAUCAAUUUAAUCCUUCUCUGCAUAGCCCUCUAGCUUUUCUACUUAAGAGCUUUUUAAAUGCCCCUAACAUAUCUGCCUCUACCACAUUAGGGACAUUUAAAACAAGUCUUUAGACACACGGAUGAUAGAAAAAUGGAGGGCUCUGUAGGGUGAAGGGUUAGAUGAUCGGGUAAUUAGUCUGGAAGGACUACAAUGAUUGUAGUAGCCAGUGGAUUACAUUUAUUCAUGACCCUAUGGCCAGCUAGAGUGGAUUUGAUUGAGAGGGAAGGCUACAAGCUGUAUACAAAACUUGCCCUAAGCAACCUCCAGUCACCCAUCUGAUCCCUGAGUGUGUGACCAGAGUCCAGUGUGUGCAUUUUCUGGCUUAUCAAUCAUGAGAGAAGGUCACACCAUGUGAGCAGAUGUUAGGAUUGUUUUCCUGUCUCUCUCCUUUGCCUCGUGCUCGGGAGUCGUGAUCCUUGGGUUUGGUGACAUGAAUAUCUCUUCUAUGCAGACUGAAUCAGAAUCAUGUUUUUUUAUCACAUAUGUUGUGAAAUUUGUUGUUUUGUGGCAGCAGUACAGUGCAAGACGAAAGUUACUGCAACUUACAAAAAUAAAUAGUGCAAAAGAUCUCAGGAAUCCACAGGUGGGAUGAUGCAUGACUAAAGCAAUAAUUGAGAUUAAAAGCACAGAUUUCUAGAAUUACUCAGCGGAUGCAGAGAGGGAGAAACAUUUAAUUCUUCAGAUAGAUAACCUCAUUGGGAAGGCAUGAAGAAAGGAAUUAACUUGGAAUGUUAGCUCUGUUUCUCUUUCUACUGAUCCUUCUUGAUCAUUUCAUUUUCAUUAUAUAUUUCAAGUUUCCAGUAUCUAUCGUUUUUGUGCUUUUCACAGUAACUGGGAAGUUGGUCUUCUGGCAAAGGUUUGGCCUGAGUUCCUGACAAGGCUCAGGCAGCCUCUGGCCUACACCAAAGCAGCCAGCUGUCUAGGAUUUCAGCAUGGUCACAGUCAUUGGCUUCAUGGGGUUGGGAAUAUCGGGGUGUUCCUCACACAGUGAGAACUGAUUUGGAGUCAAAACAUACAAAUAUAUGGCAGCAUUGUGUAAAGGGGUUAAAACCUGUACCGAUAUUAGGCAGCAUCUGGAUUGGGCAAAGAAGUGAUUCCAUGAGUGUUAACUAUAUCCUGUGUCGCAUUGAGUAACUGUUGGGUAUCCUUUAAUCUGGUCCCUCACUGGCACUACAGAAUUGCUUCUUUCUAUCAAUGACCCACAGCAGCCUUAUUUUCACAUCACUGGUAAAUUGCUGCUUGUUUGUGUAGACCAAAAGAAUUCACAUGGUCACAUAGGAGGCACUGUUUCCUAUUUACGUUUCCCCCCCAAUAUCUCUACCCUGUGUAUACAUAGAGUGAAGUAAACUUUUUGCUGCGUCAAGCUUCAUUACCUAUGUUUUAUUAGAGCUGUGUUCAGUUCUGCUUUUACCUUGUAUCUACAGUAGCAAGCUUCCAUGCUGGAGUGUAUUUAAGUUGUUGCUAGGCUGGUAACCAGACAGAAGUUCACUUUAGCCUGCAGUUUGUUGUCAGUCCAGUUCAGCCUGGUACCAACCCAGUAGGGUUCCCCUUUAGCUCACUAUUCCAUCUCUUUCCAUACCGCUCCAUCUCUCUCAGCUGUGCUACAGAACCAAGAAUUCACUAUUCCCUAUGAUGAAUUUUCUAUCUCAAACUACAGUUAAUGUUUUCCAGUACUCCCCUUUUGAGUGUUCGGGAACUUGUAUUUGCUCUCUGCACACCUGCUCACUAUUAUUUCUUGGGAGCUUGGUUCAAGGGUAUUUAUUGUUUGUCCCAGACUGCCCUGGUGAGCUAUCACCCUGAAGCACUGCAGUCCUGGUGAAGGUGCUCCUACAGUCCUGCAGGGGAGGGGUUUCCAGGGCUUCCAUCCAGUGCUGUAAUUCCAAGUCUGAACGUUGAGCAAUUUGGAAGCUGAGGUGGUGGUAAAGCUGGUGGGUUUGGAAGGUGCAACCAGAGUAGCCUUGGCUAACAACUGCAUUGGACUUUGUGGAUGAUGCACAGUGCUGCAGGAAACAAACAUUUGGGGCUGAUUUAUCCUCAACAGCACUGAGUGUCCAGAGAGUUAGAGCAGCAUCUCUCCAGGCAAGUGAAGAGUAAACUUUUGUACUUCUGACAUGUACCUUCUCGACAGUGCAGAGUCGUUUGGAUACCA